UUCACAUGUAUAAUUAGACUACAUUACAUCAUCUGUAAUUGAUCUGAUUGGCUAAAAACAUUAAUUAGAUUACAUGGAAGCAUAAUCUACAAGAAGGUACUUAUUCUACAGGAAGUGGACGCAUAUUCUACAGGAAAUGGGCGCCUAUUCUACAGGAAGUGGACACAUAGUCUACAGGAAAUGGACGCAUAUUCUACAGGAAGUGACAAACAUUUGCAGGAAGUUCUCAAAAGUUGGAAUGAAAUUUUUAGUGAAAGUGACAAGAUGACAAAAACAUUAUAAAAAACACAGAAAGCAAUAGUUUGUUCAGUCAAUAUCCAUGUCCACUAGCACUGUUGCUUUGUAUUGCUUUUUCCAGUUGGGCAUGGGCAGGAAGCAUCAAAAACACUUCAGCAAUCGCUUGACACUUUCUAUUGAAUUUUUAAGGUUCCAUGCUGGACUUCCAUGCCGGUCCAGUCUGCUCUAUACCCCCUCCACUCCACCACAGAGCUUCAUUCUUCUUCUUAUAGUGUUGCAGUCAGUCUUUUUACUUGUCUGUUUUUUCCAGUAUCUUCAAGAAGCGUUUCACAAGCUCUACUAAGUUUUACUGUAGUUUUUCGUUGUUUUGAAGCCGUCUUCUUGUCUUUUUCUGUCAACUGGUGUCUCUCACAGCGUCCAGCUCGCACAAAUUCAAUUUCUGUUGCUACGCACCAAACCUGGCUUUUUAUAACCACGUCUCGCGCAUGCGCAAUGAAGUCCAAGUUAGAUAGACCACACCCACUCGUAGAAUAUGCGUCUUAGUAACCGCCUUGGUUACGGUUAGAUUCCCUCGGCUUUGCGCCUCGGGCUAACCGCAACCGCGGAGGUUACAUAGACGCAUAUUCUACUCUUAGGUGUAGUCUAUCCUAUAAUUAUACAUGUGACACGAAUUUUUUGGUAAAAUUUAAUAGUUGCAGGUAUAGCCUCGAUUCCAGGCCGCUGAGAAAGGCGGCCUGGAAUCGAGGCUAUAUUCAAGGGGCUGGAGUAGAGGCUAGUUGCAGGUACAACAAUAUCAGUGCCUGGUAGUGUCAAACCUGCAACAAAUUAAAGAUGCAUGCUGAUGAUAGGAUGGGCCGUUAUCAUGCAGAUCACACCCUCACUAAUUCUUGCUGCUUGAAAUUCCAUUGUCCACGCACAUGAUGUUGUCAUAACUCCUAGUUUUGUUUUUGGUACACAAUCUAUGCACAUUAAUUUUGAGAGACAUAAAGUAGGGCCUAUUAGGAUCUACAUCUAUUUAUGCUUAACCUAUUCUUAUGCUCUAGCGUUACCAUUAAAAUAAUUGCAUGGGGGCGGGCGGCUUAUACCUGUGCAUGGGUGGAUAAUAAUUAUCCUGACCUAGAACAAACUAAAAAACUGAAAAGAAAAAAACGCUGUCAGUCAUAUGGGAAUGCGGCCUCAGUAAUGGGCACAAUGGACCAGGACGUUAUUAUGUGACUGCAAUGGCAUCAAUGCACUGAACUUGUAGUGAUUCGUGCACGCAUGUUGUAUCCUCUGACCAUUUCCUUUAGGAAAUUUGAAUCAUUGUAUUUUGUGUACAACGUAUGAAUUAUGUAAUAGUACAGUCGUAGAUUAUUGUAUUAUACCGUAUUAGAAUGUUUUGUGAGUAUCAAUAUUUAGUUAUGCAAACUGUGCAAGGGUGAUCAAUUCGCAACAAUAAAAUCACAAAACUUAAAAUUAGUACGGCCAGAACGCAAUAGUUAGAUCACAAAGGGUCAAUGAUUUGGCUCAUUUGCAAGGUUUUUCACCCCCAGUAAUACGGUAUAAUUAUAGCCGAUAAUUUUCAAAGGGCAAAACUAUAGAUACUAAACAUUCGUGGUUGUCACUGGUUGAGCAAUAAUAUUGCCAAUAUAAUUAUAAUAGUUGGGGGGACUUGUACAGAAAAAUAGAGGUGAAAGGUGAAAGUAAUACAGUGUAAUGGUCAACUCAGUUUAAUUCUCAACCUCAACAUCCACCAAACUGAAACUGUAUCUGUCGUUGGGUCGCUCUCAACUGUCCUACUGUUCUCAGCUAUGGAGGCCUGCGUUUAUCAAAGAUAUUAAUGCUCUGGAGCGUAUACAAAGGAGGGCCACCAAAUUUAUUUUAAGUUAUGAGUCAAGAAAUCCUAAUAAUUAUGACCUACAAAGAAAGACUCACCAAGUUAAAGCUUCUUCCGCUUAUGUAUCACUUUGAACUGGCUGGCGUAAUGUUUUUUAAAGUCUUAUAAUAACCAGUCCUGUCAAUUCAAUAUCAAAAACUUUAUUUCAUGCCAGUCAAACUUUAAUACUCGUUCAUCUGUAAAACUUACUCUUCGUCAUGCACACUCGUUCCUAUCAUUGUCAUAUGAGCGUAUCAAAUCAAAAGUCAAAGAGUUUUUGUGGGCUCACUUUCUCACCAACUUUCAUACUGACAAUCUCUGUUCAUUUCACGUCCACUGUCCUUGUAGCAAAUGCACAGCUAUUCCGGCAUUUCCACAAGGGUUUUUAGCCGCAUAAUCAUGUGCUCCCUUUAGUUUAGAGGCAUUCUGACUUGUUUUCAGAUUGACUCAUACAUUAAUAUACUUUGUCCUACCCCUAUAUCACUCACUGUUGUCAAAAUAAUGAUGCUGUGAAAUUAUUAUCUUGUGGUUUUGAAGAAUGCAAUCAAGACAAAGGUCAAAGGUUGCAAUUAAAUUUGGGAUCAAGCUGGUUCAGUCUGGGGCCCGGGCGCGCGCGAUAGCUCAACUGAUUUCUGCUCAGGUGGAAACAACGCUAUUGAGAUCUUGCCUGGCAUUGCCCAAACUCUUGUAUGUCCUACGUACCUGCCCCCCAGAUCACAUCACCCAUGCAACUCGCCAAUUUGAUUCAAUCAUGAGAGAAGCACUGGAAUCCAUCGUGAGCAGCCGGAUAACAGACUGGUCCUGGCAGAAAGCUUCCCUACCAAGCAACCGUGGCGGCCUCAACCUCCGCAGUGCUGUGUUACAUGCCCCUGCAGCUUUCAUUUCCUCAGCUGCCUCCACCAAGACUCUGGUGGAACGUAUCCUUAAUCGCCCGACCAAUCUGGACACCUAUCUUGAAAAGGCUGUGAGUGCCUUGUCAUCCUCUUCUUCCCACCCUGAAUGGCUCAAUCUCGAUGACAUAGACAUCCCUCUACGUCAGCGCCACUUGUCCUGUGCCAUUGAUGAAGCCAUGUACCAAAACCUAUUAGACACAUCACCUUCAACCAGGGCUCGUGCUUUGGCAAACUCGUCUGCUCUACCACAUGCUGGAGACUGGUUGAACGGGGUGCCAUCAGAUGUGCUUGGCCUCCACAUGCAGGACAAGGAAUUCAACAGCUGCUUGAAAUAUUGGCUCGGCAUCCCUCUCCACAGUGCCCCCCACCUCUGCCCAGCAUGUCGCACCUCCGCAGAUGAGUAUGGUGACCAUCAAGUUGGCUGUGGCGGAAAUGGAGACAGAAUCACCCGCCACAACGCGGUCAGAGAUGUAAUUUUUUCAGCCGCUCAAUCUGCAGUUCUUGGACCAUCCCGCGAGGCCCAAGGUUUAAUCCCAGAAUCCCUGUCAAGACCCGCUGACGUCUUCCUCCCAACUUGGCAAGGUGGCAGGCCCGCUGCCUUGGACGUCCACGUUAUUUCACCUCUCCAGCAAACCCUCAUUCAUGAAGCUGCCUUCUCCCCUGGACACGCCCUAGAAGUUGGAGUUAGGCGCAAACUCACCACCCAUCUACAGGCCUGCCGCUCCAUAGGUGUAAACUUCAUUCCCAUUGUGGCAGAAACACUAGGAGGUCUAGGCGAAGAAGCAAUCAAUAUCAUAGGUGCCAUCGGAAAUGCCAUCGACCGGAGAGUAACCAUGACACAUUCCACAUCCUCCACCAAGAAGCAUCUGUUUCAUCGCCUGGCCAUUGCACUUUGGAGAGGAAAUACCUGCCUGUGGCUUCAUUUCAAUUAUUCCUUGCUAAAAAGCUGCUUCUAUCAGUAUCUAUAUAAUUAUGCUAUAAAGCAUUUUCCAUGUGGAAGUCCUAUAAUUAUAGCACACUUAGGCUUGUCACCCACAUAAGCCUAAAUGAAGCCAUAAUUGACCACAUAACUUCCGGGGGGGGGGGGCUAACACAACACAAAUAAAAAUUACAAUUUCUAUUUUCUUGUCAAGAAACCGCAAGGCCAUGACUUAUUGAUGUUAUGUGUCCCGUCAUAAUUAUUGCAUAAUAAAUUUAUAGUAAAAAAGCAUGAAGGAGACUGAUUAUGUUACUAUAAUUAUCUCAGUGAACACUAUAAAUAACAAGAAACUUUAUGAACUGACUUUUGCAAGUUCUUUAUAUAAUUGCUAAGCCCUCAGCCACCUGUUGCUAUAGAGAGUUUCUUUUUAUAAACGCUACAGUCUUACGGCCACAUAUGUGGCAUAUUUAAUAUUGAGUUACAGUAACUUUAGUGGCCGGGAUGUGUCUCCUGCAUUAUUUGGGCCCCUGAAAUAUUCUCCCCAGACAUUCAGGAAAGCCAUAAUUUUGGUCUGGGGGACAGACUAUUUCGGCUAUCGCCUGUAAAAUUUGGUCCCUCAGAAAAAUAUUUGGUCCCCCCAUGCAGUCCAUUGACAGUAGAUAGCUAUUGCAGCGGCAAUACAAUCACGUACAAACUAGAUGGAAGGGACUCGUUAUGCAUGCGAAUGUCUAAACAAUAGACCGAUGCUAGAUCUACCUAUUCCCCUGCAGUAUAUAAGCACUGUGGCCAUUGUAUUCUGAUGUCCUGUCCUAACCAGUGUAUACUUGCAUGAUGCCAGAGAUGUUCGAGAGGGAGAAUAGUGGGGAGAGUGCACCCAAUACUUGCGCUGAUAUCACACUGACAAUUGCAUAUUUAUGCCUCGGUGCGCAUGCGCAAGUGAGGUAUACGGUAGUGUGUUUGUGUGUGUGUAUCUGUGUGUCCGUGUAUACUGCUACAGCUGCUCAAGGAUCAAUGAAGUGCAAGUAAGAGUUUCUAUAGACUUCUAGUCAUGUUUUCUUGCAAAAUAAUGCUUCGUUCUUGAGUUUAAUGCCUGUUUUGCUUGGAAUGCCAUUGCAGCCUUUCAGAAGAGUGCGUAGAAUAACCGUAUUGUCCAUGGAGUGUUGCUACUCUACUUAGUAGCACUAGAAAGCUAGCUAUUGCAUGGUAGCUGCAAGAGUGAGAAGAGAGCUGCAAGGCGCUGAUGCAUGCAGCCACUAUUAAUUUUAGACUUGAACUUUUGACGUAGAUCGUUUUAACAACAAUCAUGGUCGAUCAUUACCCACUCUUUGUCUUUGAUUUGCCUGCAUCAUGAUAUAGUCUCGAAUUCCAGCCGGUUCUCAUUGUAAGCGUGGGAGGGAGAAAACAGUCUGGUGACUCGGGGCAGAACAUUCUGUCAGUCAGGAAUGUAAUCAUCCUAUUAACCACAUGGAUAAUAACCCACACUUUAAAUAGAACUGCCGUAUUCUCAAAUCUAUCUUACAUUCUUGUGGGUAAAGCUCCAAUGAAUAUACUCUCCUUGCGGGUAAGGCUCCAAUGAAUAUACUCUACCCACAUUCUGUCCGAGACAGAAAAGUACGGUUCACUCCCUCCCACGCUUACAAUGAGAACCGGCUGGAAUUCGAGACUACAUCAUGAUAUACAGAGUGUAUAGUAGCUUUAUGUUAGGCAUCUCCACCGAGGCAUCAGCACACAGGUGCUUUCAGUUUAUUAGCAGCGAAUCUUGAAGGCGAUUUGCUUGCUCUGAUUGUUCAAAUCAGGGGCGGAUCUAGCAGGUAGCAGAGGGUGCUCAAGCACCCCCCUGACCUUGGACAAAUAAUUAUCUUUUUGUCUCAUGCACUCAUUGGCUGUGGAAGUCACUCUCAGACUUGGUACUAAUAUAUAGCUUGCUGAGUAGCUGUAUACCUAUAUCAUACAGUAGUGUCUUUUAAAAGCUAUGAUAAAAAAUUGACUAGCUACACUGCAGUGCAGGGUAGACUCGACAAGUAAAUACAGAGUGCAAGGAACCUCUGCAAUGCAAACCACACCUAAUAUUAAUGUCACAUUGAUAUCGCACCUACCGGAAAUGGCGUCAAAAGGGGGCAUAACCCUCGAUUUUCCGGAAUGCUCCUUGCCUCUUGCUCAGCACCUAUACCUACCACUUUUUUCCUAGAUCCGCCACUGCAAAUUUAUCGUUUGGAAUACCCCUUUCCAUUUUCCUGGAUUUGCUGACAAAGCAACGGCAGAAUCAUGGAAGUUGCUCUCCAGCACGAUGGCUAAGCCUCGAUAAGUCAAUAGGCGUGGUCAUCAUUAUACAUUUUUGCCAAAAAGAGCUUGCAACUGCAGCAAGGGACAUCAAAUGCGCAACGCUUGGACCUAGGAAGUUCCUUAGGAGACGACGUGUCUUAAUUAGCUGUUUUACGGCUGCAAAAUCCGGCAUAGUCUCGCUUUUUUGUCGUAUGUAUUGUGCUGUUAAAUGCUAGUGGAGGCCCUUUUAUAGUGCUGCGGUCGCGUGGUAUAAGUCAGAUACUUACUCGGAGGAUAUGCAUCUUGUAUAUCUUCUGUUACUGUGGUUACGUACCCCUCGGCUAUGCCUCAGAGUAACUAUAAAGUAGCGGAGGAUAUAAUUAUGGGUGCAUAUCCUCCUUGUAUAGGUGUGUGCAUGGGUAUAUCCUAUACAUGCCUAUUAAUUAUCUAGAAUCUUAGUU